AUGUCAUCCACUGCUAUCCCCAAGCGCAAUGCGCUUCGUCGCAACCCCACUACCGAAUCUUCGGUCCCCAGCUCUGAGGCCGCUUCGCCCUUAGACAGCCCUCGUCAGUCCCCUUCGUCGACAUCCUUGUCGUCUAUGGCUUCGGACCAGGAGAACUCUAAGAUGCUGGACACCUAUGGCAACGAGUUCAAGAUCCCAGACUUCACCAUUAAGCAGAUUCGUGAUGCGAUCCCCGCCCACUGCUUCCACCGCUCCGCCAUCACAAGUCUGUACUAUGUCUUCCGGGACUUCACCAUCCUGGGAUCCAUAUUUUACCUCUUCCACAACUAUGUCACCCCCGAGACUGUUCCCUUCAUGCCUGCUCGCGUGGCUCUGUGGACCCUGUACACCAUUGUCCAGGGUUUGGUCGGUACCGGUGUCUGGGUUUUGGCCCACGAGUGUGGUCACCAGGCCUUCUCUCCUUCUAAGGUCCUGAACGACACUGUUGGUUGGUUCUGCCAUUCUCUCCUGCUUGUCCCUUACUUCUCCUGGAAGAUCUCCCACGGCAAGCACCACAAGGCCACCGGUAACAUUGCCCGUGACAUGGUGUUCGUCCCCAAGACUCGUGAGCAAUAUGCCACCCGCGUUGGAAAGACCAUCCACCAGCUCAGCGAGCUCAUGGAGGACACCCCCAUCAUGACUGCCACCAACCUGAUCCUCCAGCAGCUGUUCGGAUGGCCCUUGUACCUGCUCAUCAACGUCACUGGGCACAACAACCACACCAAGCAGCCUGAGGGUCGCGGUGUUGGCAAGGCUAACGGAUGGUUCGGUGGUGUCAACCACUUCAACACCUCCAGCCCUCUGUACGAGGCUAAGGAUGCCAAGCUCAUCGCUCUGAGUGACCUGGGUCUCUUCCUCACCGGCUCCCUUCUGUACUUCAUUGGCUCCAACUUUGGCUGGAUCAACCUGCUCGUCUGGUACGGUCUCCCAUACCUCUGGGUUAACCACUGGCUCGUCGCCAUUACCUUCCUGCAGCACACUGAUCCUACCCUCCCCCACUACCAGCCUGAGGUCUGGAACUUCGCUCGUGGCGCCGCUGCCACCAUUGACCGUGACUUCGGUUUCGUCGGUCGUCACAUCUUCCACGGUAUCAUUGAGACCCACGUUCUGCACCACUAUGUCAGCAACAUCCCCUUCUACAACGCCGAUGAGGCCAGCGAGGCUAUCAAGGGUGUUAUGGGAGACCACUACCGCACUGAGGCUCAGACCGGCUGGACUGGCUUCUUCAAGGCCAUGUGGACCAGUGCCCGUGUUUGCCAGUGGGUUGAGCCUACAGAGGGUGCUAAGGGUGAGAGCCAGGGUGUUCUGUUCUACCGUAACACCAACGGAGUCGGAGUUCGCCCUGCCAAGAUCUAG